GACCUGGUUACUUUGCGGCUGCUGAUGUGACACCGCGAGCUGCUGCUACUGCUGUUAGCUUAGCACUGUUAGCAAUUUUUUUGUUGUUGACUUUCGCAUUUACUCGCGCUGCCUCGGAAUAAACAGGAGUGACGCGAAAAUGGACAACAGCGGGAAAGAGAAGGAAGCGACGGCUCUCAUGGCCGAGGCCGAAAAGAAAAUGAAAUCGUCCCAGUCGUUUUUCGGAGCGCUGUUUGGGGGUUCCUCCAAGAUGGAAGAGGCCUGUGACCUAUAUGUGAGGGCAGCCAACAUGUACAAAAUGGCCAAAAAUUGGUGUGCUGCAGGAAAUGCGUUCUCCCAAGCCGCUCACCUUCACCUGCAGAUGCAGAGCAAACACGACGCAGCAACUAACUUCAUAGAUGCAGGAAAUGCCUUCAAAAAAGCAGAUCCACAAGAGGCGAUAAACUGCCUAAACCGAGCUAUUGAGAUUUACACCGACAUGGGGCGUUUCACCAUCGCAGCCAAACACCAUAUCUCCAUUGCUGAAAUAUACGAGACAGAGCUGGUGGACAUUGACAAGGCCAUUGCUCAUUAUGAGCAGGCAGCAGAUUAUUACAAAGGGGAAGAAUCCACCAGUUCAGCAAACAAGUGCCUUCUGAAAGUAGCAACCUACGCAGCUCAGCUGGAGCAGUACCCGAAAGCUAUCGAGAUCUAUGAGCAGGUCGGGACCCAUGCGAUGGACAGUACGCUCCUGAAAUACAGUGCCAAGGAUCACUUCUUCAAGGCGGCGCUCUGUCACUUCUGUGUAGACAUGCUGAACGCCAAACUUGCUGUGCAGAAGUAUGAAGAAAUGUUCCCGGCCUUUUCGGACUCCAGAGAGUGCAAGCUGUUGAAGAAACUCCUAGACGCCUAUGAAGAACAAAACGUGGACGCCUAUACUGAUUCGGUGAAGGAAUUCGACACCAUUUCCCGGUUGGACCAGUGGCUCACCACCAUGCUUCUCCGCAUCAAGAAAACCAUACAAGACGACGAGAGCGACCUCCGCUGACUCGCCUCCCAGUUUCUCGUCAGUCCCUCGGAAACCGACUCGCAUCCCUCUUUUUGCCUUGAGCCUCUCACUUCCAUUCUAGCGGCGUUCUUAAUUUUUUCCUACCAUUAGCCCUUAUAUUCACAGAUACUGUGUUUCCUUCCUGCCAUCUGCAGUAUUUUUCUUGCCUUUUAAUCCACUUGACACAGUUCUCUAAAAAAAAAAAAAAAUUGACCUUUUAUAGGUGUAAACACUAUUUUCCUGAGUGCACUCUGCACACAGUGUGUUAGUUGUGUAUUGUUAUGAUACCGGUAUUGGCCCAAUAUUAGUUAAAGUAUUCAUAAUUGGGCUUCAGUACCAAACUGCUCAUACCAGCACACUUAUAUCAUAAAGAUUUUAUUUUAUUUUCAUUGUUAUGAAAUGGAUGAGAGGAUGCCAGCUUACUAACACUUGGAUCUACAAAAAUAUAUUUUCCAAAAUGUGCUUCAGAAUAAACUAAACUAACCAAAAUGCCAGGACUGACUAAAGCACUCACCUUGGUUUUUGGUUAUUUGAAGUGCUGUGUCGGUCACAUCAGGGCGCCUCUAAUUAAACAGCGCUUCAUCUCAGCUGCAGAGUUCGUCUCCGAGCAGAGAGGCCAAGAGUUUCUGAGGUUAUUCCACAGCUAAUGCUCCCUCUGCCUUACACUGCGAAGUUCUCAGGACGUGAACAGCUCGAUUCGAUGAAGAUUUCAACAACAACAACAACAAAAAAAGCUUUUAUAAGCGUUGGGAAUUGAUUUGCUAAUUGCUUUCGUCACUUCCAUUUCAAGUGCUUUUAUUCCAGAAAAAGAAGGUGGAAGUCACCUUUGUGAACAUUUGCAUGGUUUGGUAUGGAUGAGGAACCUAGAACAGCCGUUUUCCACUGUAUAGGAGUGUGGUUUUGUUUUUUUUUGUUAAUGUCUGAUUAUGUCAUUUUGUCAUGAGUAACCAGGCUGGGAAAAAAAAUAAAUAAUCUAUUUUUUAAGGCCUGCAAGAGAUGCAAUACAUGGAAGAAAAAAAAAAAGUGAGCUUUACUGAUCUGAACACUGUGCUCAUGUUCCCCCUCCUGGUGAUUCUGUCAGCAGACAAAUGGUCUUAAAUAAUUUGUGAUGUUUCCUGUCAAACGUUUGAAUAAACAUGUCUGACAACAGCA